AUGAUCAAGGCACUACUGCUAUCUGCAUUGGUGGCUGGAGCUCUCAGCUAUGAGCUCCCCACUGACCAGGACCAAAUGCCCAGGGUGGUUGGAGGUGAAGAUGCAGUGCCCAACAGCUGGCCCUGGCAGGUCUCCCUGCAGUACAGCUCCAGUGGCCAGUGGCGUCACACCUGUGGAGGGUCCCUGGUGGCCAAAAACUGGGUCUUAACUGCUGCUCAUUGCAUCAGCUCCUCCAGGACCUACCGUGUAGCACUGGGCAAGCACAGCCUGUCCUCAGUGGAAUCCGGCUCCGUGAAUGUCUCGGUCUCCAAGUCGGUGGUGCACGAGAAAUGGAACUCCAGCCAGCUCUCCAAAGGGAACGAUAUCGCUUUGCUCAAACUGGCCAACUCCGUCUCCCUGAGUGACAAGAUCCAGCUGGCCCGCCUCCCAACUGCUGGCAGCAUUCUGCCAAACAACUAUGCCUGCUACGUCACGGGCUGGGGAAGGCUGCAGACCAAUGGUGCUGCUUCUGACAUCCUGCAGCAGGGCCGUUUGCUGGUUGUGGACUAUGCCACGUGCUCCAGCUCUAGCUGGUGGGGCAGCACCGUGAAGACCAAUAUGGUCUGUGCUGGUGGUGAUGGUGUGGUCUCCAGCUGCAACGGGGACUCUGGGGGACCGCUGAACUGCCCAGCAUCUAACAGCGAGUGGGAAGUACACGGUGUGGUCAGCUUCGGGUCCUCCCUCGGCUGCAACUACUACCACAAGCCCUCUGUCUUCACACGAGUCUCCAAUUACAUCGACUGGAUCAAUUCGGUAAGAACCAGCAAGCCCUGGGCUCCCUGGGCUCACCCUGCUCAUCUGCCCCCACGAGGGCAAAGCCUGUUGGGGUCUGAGAACCUUCUCCUUCCUUCUGAGAGCUAGGCAGGGGUCCCCUAGGAGGAGGCUGCAGACUUGGGCAACUCCCUCAUGGGCCCCAAAAUCUCUGUGUGGAUAAAGUUGAGUGAAAAGGAACAUAGAGGACAGCCUUGGCCAGAGGGGUUAAAGACAAAGGAUACUCCUCCAAACGUUAAGAGUGGGAUUGCUAGGAUUAGUAUUUUAUUUUCGCCUAUCUAUGUAAAAAUUUUUUUUUUUAUGUAUAGUUCUAGACCCUACUAUUCAGUGCUAUCAAUAGUCGUAUUUAUCUGCAAAGCCCCAAACCUGAUAGUUCAAGACCUCCACAGCCUUAAUUAGAAGAAAUCAGAGGCCCUGAAGGAGGUACUCAUUUGUUCAUAAUAAUAAUAACCAUAAAAAAUUAUUUAAAAAAAAAAAGACUGGCACCAAUAUUGGGAGCAGCCAUUGCUACCAGCAACAGUAGUUAGAACCGGCAACAACAGGAAGAAUGGUCACAAGAAGUGGUGCCUGGGUGAGGGGGGAGGAGGCAUUGCAACCUGGUGAUGGGUGGUGGGAGGGAAAAGGACGACACUCUGUGCUGAUCGGGGGACUUUUUUUUUUAUCAUGGUAAAUAUAUAUGUAACAGAACAUUUGACAGUUCAUUGAUCUUCCCAGGUACAGUUCAGUACCUUUAUUGUGUUCAUCAUAGUGUACAACCAUCACCCUUAUCCAUUCUCACAUCUCUCCAUCAUGCCUAACAGAAGUUCAGUGUCCUGGGGGGACUUGCUGAAACCAUUUCCCGGCAUUGCCACAGCCUCAGUUUGCUCGUCUGUGAAAUGGGACAGGGCCUCAGCAUUUCAGGAGGCAGAACAAACAGGCUUUGUGGCAGAGCCCCAAAGAAGGAAAAGUUGACAACUGGUUUCAUUAUUUUAAGUUUAAUUUGCAAAGAGCAGCUAAAUGGAAUUAAAUGGAUACUCCAUUAUAAAGUAAAA